AUGGAAGCCUGCGCAUUCGGCAUGUUCCAGAGAGUUGACGGAAAAGCACUGGUCGUUAUCCCUUCUCUGCCGCUGUCGGCCCUUGCCGUAAGGUCUCUUAUUUUCAUAUAUUGGACCUCGAAGGGCACUUUAGAACAGUUCUAG